GCUCGGGCCAGAUCCCCCUCCUCUCUCUCCACCUCGAGUACCCCUGAUCCUCUCUGACUCUCGCGAGAUCUGUACAGGCUAUAAAGACAGCGUCGGGGGCACGUUUCGGGAGUCCUCUUCCUGACUGGUUUGGUGCCUCUGCUGAUAGCAAGAUGUCUUCAGGAAAUGCUAAAAUUGGGCACCCUGCCCCCAACUUCAAAGCUACAGCUGUUAUGCCAGAUGGUCAGUUCAAAGAUAUCAGUCUAUCUGAAUACAAAGGAAAAUAUGUUGUGUUCUUCUUUUACCCUCUUGACUUUACCUUUGUGUGCCCCACGGAGAUCAUUGCUUUCAGUGAUAGGGCAGAAGAAUUUAAGAAACUCAACUGCCAAGUGAUUGGUGCUUCUGUGGAUUCUCACUUCUGUCACCUGGCAUGGAUCAAUACACCCAAGAAACAAGGAGGACUGGGACCCAUGAACAUUCCCUUGGUGUCAGACCCCAAGCGCACCAUUGCUCAGGACUAUGGGGUCUUAAAGGCUGAUGAAGGCAUCUCGUUCAGGGGCCUCUUUAUCAUUGAUGAUAAAGGUAUCCUUCGUCAGAUCACUGUAAAUGACCUCCCUGUUGGCCGCUCUGUGGAUGAGACUCUGAGAUUAGUUCAGGCCUUCCAGUUCACUGACAAACAUGGAGAAGUGUGCCCAGCUGGUUGGAAGCCUGGCAGUGAUACCAUCAAGCCUGAUGUCCAGAAGAGCAAAGAAUAUUUCUCUAAGCAGAAAUGAGUGCUGGGCUAGUGGAUAGCCAUGAGACAAAACCUCUUGUACUACUGUCAUGCUUAAAACACAAGUCCUUAGAUUUAGCCCAGAUGUGGUACGGGAGACAGGCCUUUAUUCCUGUGGAGGAAAUGGCCUGAACUUUGCUAUGAGGCAGACCAAUUGAUGUGUACAGUAGUGAGGCAUCACUUUUGAUCUUUUGUAGUUUCUAUUAAACUGGAACUGAGACCUUGUUUCUUCA